UCCACCUGAUACUGCAUCUUAAAGUUAUCAGCUCAGAGUUAUACAGACAGGUUCACUGCAGUUACUAUUAUAUGCAACAGUUUAUAAGUUGAAGAAUCGGAUUAGAUGAAACUAAAGGGUUAAAAUACUUCAACUGAAAUACUCAGAAGUUCAAAUGUUCGUCAGAAGAGCACUGAUAUCCGGUGAAAUUAAGUCAGCAGUUGGAAGCAGAUCAGUUGCAGCUCAGCCAGCAGAUUGCUGACUUGUCCAGGGUGCACCUUACCCCUCGACCUGUGCAAGCUGAGAUAGACUCUAGCUUUCACCGCUGCGAUGCUAAAUUGGUGAAGUAGAAGAAAAUGGAUGAAUGGAUGACAAGAAUAAGAAAGCAGUCAGUCAAUACCUAAAGCAACUACAGUCCUUCAAAUCUUCCAGUCACAGUCACGAGUCACCAUCCCAGCAGCCUCUAAGAAAGAAAACUGUCGACUUAAUGGAGAGAAAUAAGAAAACCCUUUCCCUGUUUAUUCUGCUGCCUGUGCUGCUGCUCUGCAGAAGUGAUGAGUGUCCCAGCCUGCCACAGAAUCUCACUUGCUACACUGACUUCAAUAAAAUCAUCACAUGUUUGUGGAACAGCAGAAACGUGUCUGAUGACACUGCAUGCACGAUAGAUGCUCAAUAUAAAUCUCGACGCCUUUCUUACAGCGCUUCCUGUGUCCUAAAGUCUGUUGACGUCUCCAGACCAGCCCUGAAGAAGUGCUCCCUGAUCUUUGAAAGAACAUACACUUUUCUGUCUUUCCAUGAGUUGUCCCUCAAUCUGAACUGCAACCAAAUGAAGAGUGUAAUUACUUCCUUCAAGCCAUCCUGUCAUAUAAAGGUGAAUCCUCCUGCAGAGCCAAAAGUUUACUUCACCUCUGUUUCCUGGUUGUCCCAAGUCCACAACCAUGAAAGGAUCAGUUCAUACAGAAGUGAACUGCAGUGGAAGAAGCAGGAUCAGUCAUGGAGUGAUCCUGCUGUGCGCAAAAAACGUGGCAUUCAGUGCAAUGAAGAGGAGGAGUGCAAGAUACAGCCGGGGUGCAAGGCAGAGCUGGAGCAAGAUUUGCUGAUACAAGGCGAGAGGUACGAGGCACGAGUUCGUGUGCGGUCUAUUUUUCAGAACCGCGAGGGAGCCUGGAGUGACUGGAGCCCCACUGCAUCAUGGGAGUCACAAAUAGGGAAAAUAAAACCAACAUCAGGUAUUACGUUUGUUGUGCCUGUAACGAUAGUCGGUGUGGUGGUGUUGCUGGCAGGCCUGCUCUUAAGCACUCACAAAACCACCCGGGUUUACAUAGUAAAGAAAAUCAAAGGUCGACCCAUACCAGACCCAGGAAAAUCCUUCCUGCGAGAAAUCCAGAGUGGGUUCACCAGUGAAUACUUUCACUCCUUCUUGAAACCAGUGGAAAUGAUCACUGUAGAAUUAACCUCGCCUGUGGAUGCUGUUGUGGCCUACAAGCCAGAUGAAAAGAUGGUGUUGAACAAAGGCAGCUAUGACUCCACCAGCUCCAGCUUCUCUAACCCAAGUUACUCUGAGCUUUGUAGCCCUCCUCCUAUUUCCUCACUCACUGCUGGGAAUCUGAAGCCCUGUGCGGCUGACACGCCUUAUGGCCCUGUUGGUGCUCAGGGUGAAGGAAAAAGCACAGAACAGAAAAGCGAUGAAGCGAGAGAGAAAGAAAAGGAGACGUUAAUGUUGCUGCUCAAAGGCAGCAGUAACAGUGAGCCAGUGCAGGUGAUUUCAGACUAUGAGAAAACUGAGAGGCUCGACAAUGAUCGAUUUACGCUCCAGAGUCUAGAUUCAGGCAUGUGCAGUUGUGAAGAGGUCAGUGAAGAGAGCAUGGAGGCAGAUAGCAUCAAUAUGACUGAUAGCCAUGAUGAGGAACCUGAGGGUGAGGAAGAAAAGGAGGGAGGGAAUGAACAAAAGGCAGAUUUUCAGAGGCUGUUUGGAAGCAGUGGAGGUGUGUUUGGCAAGUUUAUUCAGGUUUGUUCUGAUUAUGAGCAAGUGGAGAAACAGCAGGCUGACAGCCCGGAGCUUCCCAGCUUGGAUUCAGGUGUUAGCAGUAGUGGAGAGGAGACAGGUCACAUGACACCAGUGUUGCCAACUUAGCGACUUUGUCGCUAUAUUUAGCGAGUUUUCAGACCCCCUAGCGACUUUUUUUCUUUAAAAAGUCGCUAAAAAAAGACGUGAAAGCGCGUAUCGCUUUUACU